ACCGAGAACUGUCCGGGAAAUGACGUCAGUGCAGACAAAAUAUGGCGUCUACGAUCGCUGUAGAGGCUAUAGAUAAACAACGUAUAGCUAUUCAGUCCAAAUAACACUGGCUUAUUGUCAUUGAAAGACGCUUAUGGGCAGCGUGUCGUGGUGGAUCAUGAUAUUUCAUAUUUAAUUUAUCUGGUCUUUGUCCUACACUAGCACUCCAUGUCCGAAGGACCUCGGGCUCCCUGGUCGAAGCGGGGUUGCGUGGAGUCGCAUCGCCGAGUCUUCCCAACCUUGCAGGCAUGACCAGCUGAAUUGGAGUGCAUUGACUCUUGACGUUAUUUAUUACAACGUCUGUCUCUGCAGGUGCCUAAUGGCAGGGGAUGUGGAGGUCUACCUUUCCCAAGUGCAUGAUGGCAGUGUGUCCUCAGGCUUCCGAGCCUUGUACGAGGAGCGGCUGUUGCUUGACGUCACGCUGCUCAUCGAGGAGCACCACUUCCAGGCGCACAAGGCCCUGUUAGCAACGCAAAGCGACUACUUUCGGGUCAUGUUUACGGCUGACAUGCGUGAACGCGACCAGGAUAAGAUUCACAUGAAGGGGUUGACGGCGGCUGGCUUUGGUCACGUCCUUCGCUUCAUGUACUACGGUUCCUUGGAGUUGAGCAUGGUCACGGUACAGGAGAUCCUACAGGCGGCUAUGUACGUGCAACUCACGGAGGCCGUGGAGUUCUGCUGCUCCUUCCUGCUGGCCAAGAUAUGUUUGGAGAACUGCGCCGAGGUCAUGCGGUUGCUGGAAGACUUCAGCGUCGGCGUAGAAGGCGUGCAGGAGCAGCUUGACGCUUUUCUGCUGGAGAACUUCGUGCCGCUGAUGGCUCGACCAGACUUCUUGUCGUAUUUGAGUUUGGAGAAGCUGAUGGCAUACUUGGACAGUGACCAACUGAGUCGGUUUCCAGAAAUUGAGCUGUACGAGGCAGUGCAGGCCUGGUUGAGGCACGACCGGCGUCGCUGGAGGCAUACGGAUGCUGUGGUGCAGAAUCUGCGCUUUUCCCUCAUGACCCCCACUAACAUCUUUGAAAAGGUAAAGACAUCAGAGUUCUAUCGAUAUUCCCGCCAACUGAGGUUAGAAGUUGACCAGGCGCUGAGCUACUUUCAUCAGGUGAAUGAACAGCCGUUGGCUGAGACCAAGUCCAACCGCAUCAGAUCCGUAAGACCUCAGACUGCCGUAUUUCGUGGAAUGAUAGGCCACAGCAUGGUCAAUAGUAAGAUCCUCCUUUUGCAUCGGCCCAAGGUGUGGUGGGAACUGGAAGGCCCCCAAGUCCCUCUCCGCCCCGAUUGCCUGGCCAUCGUCAACAAUUUUUCUUUCUUGCUGGGUGGUGAAGAGCUGGGUCCGGAUGGCGAGUUUCACGCUUCUUCCAAAGUUUACCGGUAUGAUCCCAGACAGAACUCCUGGCUACGUAUGGCUGACAUGUCUGUGCCAAGAUCGGAAUUCGCCGUCGGCGUCAUCGGGAAGUAUAUUUAUGCCGUCGCAGGCCGCACUCGAGACGAGACGUUUUAUUCUACGGAGCGUUAUGAUAUUGUUGAGGACAAGUGGGAGUUUGUAGACCCAUACCCCGUAAAUAAGUAUGGGCACGAAGGCACAGUCCUAAAUGGGAAGCUAUAUAUCACUGGUGGUAUCACCUCCUCUUCCACCUCAAAACAAGUAUGCGUUUUCGAUCCAGGACGGGAAGGGACAUCCGACCACCGCACACGACGCACACCAAUCCUAACCAGCUGCUGGGAGAACAAGUCAAAGAUGAACUACGCCCGUUGCUUCCAUAAGAUGAUCUCCCACAAUGGGAAGCUGUAUGUGUUCGGUGGCGUAUGCGUGAUACUACGCGCGUCAUUCGAGUCACAAGGUUGUCCUUCGACAGAGGUAUACGACCCUGAGACAGACGAGUGGACUAUUCUCGCCUCCAUGCCUAUUGGUCGUAGCGGGCAUGGAGUGGCAGUGUUAGACAAACAGAUCAUGGUGCUCGGGGGACUUUGCUACAACGGUCAUUACAGCGACUCUAUCCUUACUUUUGACCCCGAGGAAAAUAAAUGGAAAGAGGACGAGUAUCCCAGAAUGCCUUGCAAGCUGGAUGGACUACAAGUGUGUAGUUUGCACUUUCCAGAAUAUGUUCUGGAACACGUGAGACGCUGCAGCUGAGGCUGUCUUUGUAACUUUCGGGAGAAAACGUUUACAGGUGUGGGAAGUAAUACUAAUACUGUUAAAGCUUUUAAACUGUAGGCCAGUGCUUAUUUAAGAACAAAACUCCUUUUUAGGCUUUCAUUGUAGAAAGGAAGAGGUCAUAUUCAAACCAAUAAAUACAACCUUUGUCAGUCAUAAGUUUAUCUGCAUUGUAAUCAUAAUUAUCCUGUAGAGCGCAUACUAUUCACUACACUGUCUUCUGUGAUGUCACUAUAUUCCCUCAUUCUGGCGUUUCGGAGGAAGUCAUGUUUUAUGCGUACAUAUUCCCCGACACAGAAAUCCGUAUCUAGAAGGAAUUAGAAAUGAAAUGAAAACUAAUGUUGAGUAGAGAUUGUACAACAAUACAGUUCCCUGCAUUUUUUCUUUCACAUUUACUAAGAACGCAUUUGUGCUGAUACUAGUUGUAGUACUGUCGUGGAAUAAAGAUAAUGACUAUGAUUGUAAUUAAUAUAUAAUUCUAAUGAUGAUGUUGACAAGCAUUGCACUCAAACAAGGGCAUAUGUUACAGCUCUACAAUAACACCGGCCCUCCACAGUUGACUGUAAAGAGAGAAAGCAGAGAUUAGGGGACAUUGUAGUUCUCCAACCUUUAUUAGUUGUGCUUAUGCUUAUUAUUUUAAGUUAUUUAUUAAAACGGCAAAGCCUUGCCUUGAUCCAAUCAGUAUAAUGUAAUGAGCUACUUUUUGUGUGUGUGUCUUUCAUUUUGUUAAACAAGCGAAAGGGCUAAAGCACAUAUGCAUUGUCUGUUUAAUGUCCAAUUAAGCUGUUUUUGAUGCAUUGUACUGGAAUAGAGGCUCAUUCAUCUCUGUAUUAUUAAUAUUAGUUACAGUUAAGAUGGAUUAAGCUUUGGUGAAAGGAUUUGUCACUGUAUAAGUCUACUUUUCCCCUCGUGUGUUACUACAGAUUCCGUUUGUUAGUUACUUCCUCAAACACUAACUUUAUGACCUUAUGUAUCUGUCUUUUGUGUGUCAAGCAUAUUUUUGUGUCCUAUGUCAUGUACAUAUAGAUGCCAAACUGGUUUGUGAGGGUCAAGAUGUAAUGAGAUGCACAGUAGAUUUUAACCUUGUCUGGUUUUUCUUUAACAGGAUAACAGACAGAUAUUCCACUAUUUAUAAUAAUUAUCCAUAGCCCUGUAACUUAUUGAGAGGAUUGCUAACAUGUUUACCAUUAUCUGGUGGUUCAUUGGUAUUUGGAGACUUUGUAAUUAAUUUCCAAAAAUAAAUGUUCAUACUGUC